UUUUCAGCGUCCCAGACGAGCCGAAAAUGGCGGAAUAUCUGGCGUCCAUUUUCGGCACAGAGAAAGAUAAGGUCAAUUGUUCCUUUUAUUUCAAAAUUGGAGCUUGCAGACACGGAGAUCGGUGUUCAAGAUUGCACAACAAGCCAACCUUCAGCCAGACGAUAUUGAUACAAAACAUCUAUCGCAACCCCCAGAACAGUGCACAGACAGCGGACGCAUCACGCUGUGCCGUCAGCGAUGUGGAAAUGCAAGAGCACUACGAUGAGUUCUUUGAGGAGGUCUUCACAGAGAUGGAAGAGAAGUACGGGGAGGUGGAAGAGAUGAAUGUGUGUGACAACCUGGGUGACCAUCUUGUAGGCAACGUCUAUGUCAAGUUCCGUCGUGAAGAGGAUGCUGAAAAAGCAGUCCUGGACUUGAACAACCGCUGGUUCAACGCCCAGCCCGUCCAUGCCGAGUUGUCCCCCGUCACAGACUUUAGGGAAGCUUGUUGCCGCCAGUAUGAAAUGGGAGAGUGCACCCGAGGUGGCUUCUGCAACUUCAUGCACCUGAAACCAAUAUCGAGGGAACUUCGACGAGAGUUGUAUGGACGCCGCAGAAAACGGCAACGUUCUCGCUCGCGUUCCCGGGAAAGACGCUCCCGCUCCAAGGACCGACGACGGGACCGCGAUAGACGACGGUCGCGAGACCGAGAACGUUCUGGAAGGUUCUAAAAGAAGUUCUAUACCAAGCCCAUCUCUUUGGAAAACCCUGACAGUGAAAAUCACAGUUAUUUUUGUCUUUUGGUGAAUUAUGAAAAUUGUUUUUCUUUUAUUCCCUUUUUUAUGAAAAGCGUAUGUUGCUUUCUCAAUAAAACAGAUUUGUUACUCA